AACUUAAUUUAGAGAAAAAUGCGUGCUAACGCAUACGUAUUGGCAAACCUAAAAGGCGAUGUUAAUCAUGUCAUAGUCAAUUUGGGCAUUAUUUAGUAGACAACUCUAAGUAUUGACACAUUUUAUUUAAAUUUCACGUGCUAAAUUCAGAAAAUAUAUUUGAGAAAUUUGUCGCACAAAAACAUUUUCUUCAUUCAAACAUUGCUGAAGUGGUUGUUGCUACAUUCACUUUGUGUUAAUCACCAACAUGUCAAAAGGAAGAGGAGCAGCCGCAGCACCAGCAACUGGAACUUCUUUGAGGGAAUACGCUGCGGCCGAGGAUCGUUUGCUUGACUUUUUCUCACCACUGUCCACAGAAGAGGCAGCUGCUGCCCCAGGGCCAACUGACCCAUCAGCCAGCAGCGAUGUUGCUCAACAAAACGAAGUGGAUCCCUCCAGAGACAACAUGCUGGCCUUCAUUUCCGAUGACACGGAACUGCACAGUUUGCUGGCCAACUCGGAGAACAGCUUCAAGGGCUUUGAUAAUGACAUGCAGGAGAACGACAGCGGAGGAGGGGAUCAAAGUCAUGUCUAUGGCGUGCACUUGUCCAUCGUCAACAGCUCUCCCAAACGUGUCGUUCUCAGUCCCCAGAUUACAAAUGCACCGCUGACUCUAAUGAAUGUGAGAUCAACCAACGAUGAGUAUCUGCUAAGCAAUGGCAUUGGCUCGCACUCGCAGCAGUCGAACGAAGAACAGAUGGAUGAGAUUGAGGAGCAACAUGUUAUGGAAGAUUCGGAUGCAGGCUGCGUCAUUUAUGACAACAAUGUAGUGCUCUUGACGGAUGACCAGUGCUGCGAAAUAAUUGUUACACACAGCGUGCAUCCCGGAGCCGAGAUGGAGCGUGCCUAUCUAAUGGCAGUGGAGGAGGAGCAAGAGCUGAACAAUGGAGGUGUUGUCUACAGCAAUGCCGAGGAUGAGGAGCCCAGCAACGAGGCACACGUGUAUCUAAGCGAUGCAGCAAUGGUGUUGGACCAACAACAUCAGCAGCAUCAACAGUUGAUUCUGGAUACAGCAGUCGAUGAAGAAACACCUCAAGUUAGCGAUUCGUAUGUGGAUGAUAUAUGUGAAGUGUACGACCAUGAAUUGGAGGAGCAUGACGACGAGUGUGUGGUAGUUGAGCCGCCAAGCAGUUUGCGGAUGCAAAUGGGACUGCAAGAGAUAGCCAUUGAAGAACAGCAGGAGCCCGAGGAGCAACCCACCAUUCUGAUUGCCAGCGAUGGUGUGGAGGAUCAGCAGCAAGAACACGAACAGGAACAGGAGCAAGCGGCUGCUGCUGUGCCACAUAGCAGCACUACCGAGUUUCCAGUCAGCUCGACGUCGAUGCCCAAUGGAAGCGACUAUGAUGAUUACGACGAUGAUGUGGGCACAGCAGAGGAGCAGUCGCCGCCACAUCCACGCAAGUAUGCGCCGCUGAAGAACACACUCUCUGCGGACGCCAUGGAUCGUCGGCUAGCAAACAUUUGCCAGGCACAGCCACAGAUGAGCUUUAGCGAGAAAAUGGAUAAUUGGAACUGUGCUCUGCAUUGCGACGUCGUCGAAGAUGUGGAAAAUUUUGAGGCCGAGUUCGAGCAGCAUGAAGCAAAACCCGCUGUGCAGCCAAAGUUCAAUGAAUUCUAUGAUAAAUUGCGUCAAAGCAACGCCGAACUCAGGAGAGAUUUAAUUCAGCAAACGGCAGCUGGAGAAUUAAGUGCCAUCGAUGCUCACGACACUCCUUAUUCCAGUGAAGAUGUGGCCAUUCAGAAACGACCCAACUAUAGGCGACUGCUGCAGCAUGAUGAGCCCAUUGUGCUAGACGACGAUGAUGACGAAGAAGAUGACGAUGAUUGUAUCGAGGUGCAUGUAACUCCAUCUAUCAAAACAUUAGUCCCCGUGCCUGAGUCGGAGUGUGCGGCUGAGCCAGAAAUGGAUUCACAGCCAGAGCCGCAACUAAAAGUGGAAACGCAAGUCGAGCAGCACACUCCUGAAAGAGUUGGCUUUAACACAAUCCAAACGCAAACUUUGCUGCAGUCUCUGCAAACCAAAGAGACCUCCACAACAGACUUGGGCAGCCAAGAGAAACCAUCCUCGUGUGUAAAGAACAAUCAAUCAAUCGUUCCCGAUGAAUUGUUGUAUCAAGCCAUUGUUACUGAGCAGUACACGGAAUUGGAGAACAGCAAAAACACUCAACAACUUAGUGUACAGGAACAAAAGCAGCAAGGUCUGGAAUAUCACAAUCACGUGCAGCUCAAUGAACAACAUGAGUUUUGCAAUUAUCUCGGGCUCACGGAGCUAGCAACUGCCAAUGCGGUGGCAACCGCAAUGCGAGAAUUGGCCAACAGCAAUGUCGGUCGACGAUCCUUGCGAGUGCGCACCCAACAACAGCUAGAUCGAAUGCGCAACGAUGUGCGCGGCAAACGGGGUAGGCAGCAGAAGGAGAAACGUGAGCCACAGCAGCAGGAGGAUGAGAAGCAACUAAACAGCGAAAGCUGCAACAGCAGCGUCAGCAGCCAUCGCCAACAAAAUGUGUCGCUGAGAGGCAAAGAACCCACAGCUCUAGCCAAUAUUUUUACGGCACCAGCCUACGAAAUGCCUUCGGCAAGAAUUACGACUCCAAGUCAAGCACUCGAAUACUUCUUUCAAUCGCCGACAGGUGACGUGGAGCAACAGCCCGUUGCUGGGAAAGCUUUUAGUAGUAACGGCAAUGCGCUCUCUUUGGAGGCAGCGUUUGCCAAAGUCUAUGCGGCUGCAGCGCCUGCCCAGAAUGAUCUUCACGAAAGCAUGCAAAAUCGUUUGCGUCAGGCGCGCGAAUCCAAGCCAUCGAUUUACAUUGUCAAGUCCUUGAACAAUUCUGCCUCAUCUGCCGUCAGUCCAAAUGCCUUUGUCCCACCGUCACCUGAGCGCCUGAAGUGCAACAAGACACCGAUAUCUGAGGCAGUGAGUGGGGAUGUUGCCACAAAGACGUCGCAACGCAAGUCGCUAAAGAAGACCCCGCAGAAGGCUACGCCGAAACGUCGUCGCACGACUGCCGCUGGACCAACAACCGCGUCAACUCCACCUGACCGCGAACUAAUCACGCGUUCAAUGAAUUCCAAGAUGCUGCGCAAUCGCAAGGUGAACAUGCUUAAGACCUUCGAGUUGGCCGAUUUGCCACAGGCUCGCAACAAGCAACGUCUGAGCGGCGGUUCAACUGUCGCUGCGAAGCGUGUCGCAACAAAGAAAACAUCCAAGAAACCGGACUCCUCGCCUGCGCAAUAUCUACUAGUGGACACCACUGAGCAGCAGCGUCUGGAUCAACAGCAGGCAUCGCCAACCAAAUCGACAAGGAUACCGCGCACUCCAAAGCGAAUGCCGCAGAGAACAUCAAGACUGCGGCAUGAACAGCAAACAGUCGAAUCAAAGUCGUCGAAGCGUAGGUGUCUUCGAGCGAAAUCAUUGCCAAUGGCGUCGAGAGUGGACGAACCGGACCGCGUCGCAGUUGCCAACGCUGAUUUAGGAGCUGUGCCAUCUGUGAAGGGUGCGCUGGAAAUGCAGAAACCUUUAAUGGACACUCAUGAGUUUAUUACGAAUCAUGUCGUAGUUAGUCCGCCGCUGUUCACUGCAGCAAUACGACGUUAUGUAAACGCUGUGCGUAGCCCCAUGGAGCAGCAUCAAGCGCCGGAAGCGAAUGAGGAACAAGAAGAGCAACAGCAUUCACCACCGCUUGAGGGAUUCGUUGAUAGGACUGGCAGAUAUUCUCCGUUUGCCAAACCUGCAUUAAUCUAUCCCCCAGAGUCAUCGCGGCCACGUUCGCCACACUUUUCGCGACGUUCACGUCAAAUGGCCGGCACACAUGUUGACUUUGAGAUGGAUAAUGUGCGCCAGAUGCAAAUGGCACCGCCUGGUGCUCUGUUGUCGUUAACCAAGGGCCCAACAACGCUUCGAAACCCGCUGGCGGGCAAAAAUGGCAAAGUUCUGUACAUGUACUACGAGCUAGAGCAGCUCAUUGUAUUGCAGGAGCGAAUAAUCACCUUCUGGAAGUACUCGAAAAUCUUUAAUGUCCUGCAAAAGCCCAAGCCAGACGAUUUAACUACUAAUGCCGCAACGUCCCAGCAACACUCAUACAACAUAUUUGGAGCCAACACAAGUUCAACUGGCAACAAUAAAAGCACUCGACGCACAACUGGCGUCUCAGAUGAUCUGGAAUCGGAUAGUAUUGAUCAACAUUGGGUGUACUUGGGUGGCACUCGGCGCACAACAAAUGAUGUGGAAGUGGUCAUGCCUUACGCAAAUCGCCUGUGCGCGCACAAUUCAACGCCCGUCUAUAUUGAAAUGCGAAGCCACCAACUGGACCACCACAGACGUGAGAGCAUGCUGUUGUCUCUCUACGUAAAUGUAUAUUACUAUUGCGAGGAGGAGAUGCGUCCCAAAUUGCAUUCGGUGCAUCUGGAUGCGGUCAAUUGCGAUUGGAAUCAGGUUAUCUACACCUGCAUACCAGAGUCACGCUAUUUUGUUAUGGCUUGGCAGCAGGAGAUCGUCAUGGGAAAGCCAAGGUCGGGCAUCUGCAAAUAUUCGCUGACACCGACAUUGGAUACGCUGGCCAGCAUACGUGAGUUCAAACAGCUGCGCCACGAAUUAAUACAUAUCGAGUGUUUAAUGGAGGAUCGAUUGAUUGGCUAUGGGCAGACGAGGAUUACCAUUUGGGAUCAUCGCAGCGGCGAUACGCUGAUGAACUAUGAUUUGGGCUUCGAUCUUGGACAUAACCUGGGCGUCAUGCAUUUCCCCAGCUUCGAAAUGGAUCAGAGCAGUUUACUCGUCUUGUAUCAGCACGUCAAAGAGCAGAAUAAGUGGCCAGAGUUGCGGAUCAUUGCUUGUGAAUUAUCUCAUGCGACACCAUCACACCGAUUGCUGCAUAUACAUCGCUUGCCUUCGCCUCAAUUCGAUUGUCAACUGGUGGCCAUCAAUACAGGAGAUCACUUGAUACUCAAAUCGCCAUCGGACGACGAGAUUUGGAUUAGUAUAACUGAUCCCCGGCAGCUAACUUAUCUGUCGCCGCAAGGAUGCCAACGCUAUUACACACGACAAAAGCAGCAGGUCAUCAUAAUGACACCGGAGACACUGACCGUAGACAGCAUUACGAAUUAUAUCCUGCACUUAGCCACACAGCAUCAGCGUAUGAUGAGGAUGGCGGCAGCUGACUUGGCUGCCACAACUCGCUGACAGUUAGCACCAGACGAAUCCUGUGUACACCAAAUAUUCCAAAACAAAGAUUCAAAACAAAAUAACGAAAA